AGUUAUAUCAGAGCCUUGCGGGUGCGGGGUUACGAAUAUUACUUCCGCGUAAACUGUGGUCGUAAGAAGCGCUCACGAAGCUCAUCUGACUUUCUCUUUGCAAAGCUUCUCCAAAGCAACGCAGUCAAGAUGUCCUCUUACGAAGAAGGAAAUGAUUCAAAGUUAAUGCGGAAAGUGAAGGAGAAUCCCUUUGUUCCAUUGGGAUUGGCUGGAUUUGUUGGCAUCGUUGGAUACCAACUGUACAAAAUGAAAAAUCGAGGGRACACAAAAAUGUCGGUGCACUUGAUUCACAUGCGUGUAGCUGCGCAAGGCUUUGUGGUUGGAGCCAUGACAGUAGGAGUCCUGUAUUCAAUGUACAAUGAGUACAUUAGGCACCCAAAAGAARAGCAGAACACUGGAAAACACAAUUGAACAGAGACUCUUACAAUGAGAUUUUUGUGUCUUUAAUACUCUCACGUUUAUAGAUGUACAUUCACAGGCUAACAAAUGACUAAAAUCCAACUGAUGGUGUACCCUUCUACAGAAAUUGYUUGCCACUGCAAACGUAACUGGGGUGGAAGCUUGUGAGRAGGAUGGCAACACUGAUGUAUUUUUUUCUAAUGUUUCAGUGUAGUAUAUAAAACAAAAUUAGUUGCAGAUAAAUUUGACAAUAUUUAUGACCAGGAUAAAUCUGAGUCUAGUUAUGACCACAMACAGAAAGUUCUGGAUUUCAUAUUUAUUUAUCAUUGUCCUGUUGAAAGUCAGCUAUKUUUUUAUGUGGUAAUUUGGGUUUUAGCCAAAUWAAAAGCAUUUCCAUAUUAAUCUUUUUUUGUUUUGUUUUUUCUAACUUUUCACCUCUCCUGACAAAAGCUUUAACAGAUGUUUGCACACUGUCACAAGAAAAAWUAGUUUUUUGUUAUAAGUACUUCUACUAAAAUGCUGAUUUGUAUUCAUUGAGAUUCUCUGUAUUCUACUGUAACCAUUUUUUUUAUUUCUCAGUAUUUUCUUCAUAUAUUUUUGCAAUGAGAUAUUAAUGACACAAAAAAUGAUGUGAGGUUUAUAUAUAUAUAAACUGUGGUGUAGCUUGUCAAACACAAUGUAGCCUGUUUUAGUGGCAAACAUUAAUUGGUUCCUAAGRUAUUUCCAGGGCUGAUUAUUAUUGUAUGUACCAGGCUAUUUGUGAAAGCCACCUUCAUUUCCUGAAAUAGUUUUGAAUCUCUGCUGUGUGUACACUUAUAUUGUGUGCUUUACCUGGAGCAGUUCUUAGUUUCAUAUAUGAUAAUAUGCACCUCAAGUUGUUCAACUCACUUUUGGUAGCUACUGUUUUCAAAAUUGUUUCCUUUCUUCAUUCAUUAAAUCUCCUACUUCCUGUAACUAAAAAAAUAUUUUGUAUUUGAAACACACGUAACAUUUAGUGAAUUUCUUUAUUGACAUUGCAAUAUGCCUCUGAUGAAGGCAGUGUGUUARGGGCUGCUAUAAAAAUGUUUUAAUUUGGCAACAUGAACUAUCUACCUGACAUGCAGGAAGGGCAAGUACUGUCAGCAUCACCGAGCAUGGAUGGCAUUCCAACAUCAAAAUACCUCUGGGGUUUAUUUGUCAGCAUGACUGGGCAAAUCUUCCAGCUUUCUAAACACUGUUCACUCAACAUAGAGUGAACAGUUUCAAUAUGAGCUUAUAUUCUAACCAACUGAACUGAUAUUAUGAAGAAUCCAGUUAAAUGUUUGUGGCUCUCUUAAAUUUGAGCAUUUUAACUCCCCCACCCCCAAAUUAAAGUAAGUUGCUGGUCCUCUUAAUACAACACAUUAUGUUUGUACUAGUGUAAUAAGUUGCUCAAUCAAAUGUAUGCAAUUUUUUUUAUUGUGGACAACAGGAGGAAAAUUAGACAUGCUAAGGAUUUUUUUUAAUUGAGGUUGGUGAAUCAGUAUUUCAUCCUAUUUAUUUUUGUGACAUACUGUACAGUGGUGUAUGUAUAGAUUGCACUUUUUAAUUUUUCCACUCAACUUUCCAUGCAGGACUAUGUGAAAAGCCCUCUUUAAUUAUGUUUUUCUGGAGAGUGUUAACUGUCUGCUGGACAAAAGAUAAKUCAUCAGUCUAGCAGUGUGGGCAAUAAUGUUUUUGUAAUAAAUUAUUUUCUUCAUGUAAUAUUA